AUGGCCGUCCAGUCAACACUUCGGCAUCCACAGGAUCCCCUCCUUGCUCUCUACCUCCACUACUCGGACCUGCUGAAGUCCAGGUUUCGUCGCACUUCUAAAACAUCCCGGUUAAUUGCAACCAUUGCACUUCUUUUUUCCAUUAUUGGCUCAGGCUAUGGAGGCUAUCGCUGGUUUCGAGAGCGAGCAAAGGAACGAGCCCAGGGUCGCCGACUAUUACGGCGCAACUCGGGUAUCCGAGGCAAAGAUGGAUCUCGCACCAUCUAUGUCCCUUACAAGGGAUCCCGCACUUCCAAGGUCUUGAUCCAUCCGACUAAACCUACCACAUUUGACGCACAUCGACGGCUGUUCCUCAACCCUCCUGCAUCCGCCCGCAGCAGAGAAGAGGCCUCGACAAGCCAGAUUCCUCCUCCAACAACCAAGCCGGGCUUGAACCUCGCCUUUCUGCACCAGUUCCUCAGCCUGGGGAGUAUUAUGGUUCCGCGAUGGGGGAGUAAAGAGACCGGUCUGCUGAUGAGCCAUGGUGUUUUUCUUCUGAUGAGAACCUAUCUCUCGCUGCUGAUUGCGCGGCUCGAUGGGGAGAUUGUGCGGGAUCUGGUUGCUGGCAAAGGGCGGGCUUUCUUGUGGGGCAUCGUCAAGUGGUGUGGAAUCGGAACCCUCGCCUCGUAUACAAACGCCAUGAUCAAGUUCCUCCAGUCCAAGGUGUCGAUCGCUUUCCGAACUCGUCUGACAAGAUAUAUCCAUGAUCUCUAUUUGACCGACAACAACAAUUACUACAAGCUCAUGAAUCUGGAUGGCGGCAUUGGACAAGGCCCCGACCAGUUCAUCACGCAAGACCUCACGCUUUUCUGCUCGGCCGCGGCUGCGCUGUACUCCUCGAUGGGGAAGCCAUUAGUGGAUCUGUUCGUGUUUAACUACCAACUUUACCGCUCGCUUGGUCCACUUGCCUUGAGCGGUAUUCUGGCGGGCUAUUUCAGUACGGCGGUGGUACUCCGGAAGUUGUCACCGCCCUUUGGAAAGCUCAAGGCUGUGGAGGGCAAGAAGGAAGGCGAUUUUCGAGGUCUCCAUUCCAGACUGCUUGCCAAUGCGGAAGAGAUCUCGUUCUACGGCGGGGCCGAUAUCGAGCGCGUCUUCUUAAUCCGAAGUUUCAAGGAUCUGCAGCGGUGGAUGGAAGGCAUCUACAGCCUCAAGAUCCGCUACAAUAUGCUUGAAGAUAUGAUUCUCAAGUACUCGUGGUCGGCCUUUGGUUAUUUGGUGACCUCAUUGCCAGUAUUCCUCCCCGCCUGGGGUGGCACCGGUGGUGUCUCAGAAAUGGCCGAUGUACCUGAAGACAUGGGCCGGGAGCGAGGCCGAAUGAAGGACUUUAUCACCAACAAACGCCUCAUGUUGUCUCUGGCCGACGCUGGUGGCCGCAUGAUGUAUAGUAUUAAGGACAUCUCAGAACUUGCGGGCUACACAUCGCGGGUCUACACCCUCAUCGCCACCCUUCAUCGUGUGCAUGCCAAUGCUUAUUAUCCUUCACGGGGCUCGCACCCCGAGCUCUACUCUCUUGCCGACUCCCAAGGGACCACCCACAAUGGAUUCGAUGGGGUGCGGCUGGAACAGGUCCCUAUUGUGGCUCCAUCUCUCUACCCCAUGGGCGGAGACGAGCUGCUCGAGUCGCUGUCUUUCAUCGUCCACUCGGGCGACCAUAUGCUCAUUUCGGGACCAAACGGUGUCGGCAAGUCGGCAAUCCCUCGUAUCGUGGCGGGAUUGUGGCCUGUCUACCGUGGGCUUGUUAGCCGACCGCGCCAAUUUGGACUCGACGGUAUCAUGUUCCUGCCUCAACGACCCUACCUUAGCGUCGGCACUCUCCGGGACCAGGUUAUCUACCCCCACACCGAGAUCGACAUGCGUGAAGCGGGCGAAUCCGACGCCGCGUUGCAGAAGAUCCUCGACGCCGCGCACCUGGGCUACUUGCCGCAGCGUGAAGGCGGGUGGGAUGCUCGCAAGGAGUGGAAGGACGUGCUCAGCGGCGGAGAGAAGCAGCGCAUGGGGUUGGCGCGGUUGUUCUACCACGAGCCACGCUACGCAUUUGUCGAUGAAGGGACAUCGGCGGUCUCGUCCGACGUGGAGGGGCUAUUGUAUGAGCGGGCUAAGGAGCGAGGCAUCACGCUCAUUACCAUCUCGACGCGGGCGUCCUUGAAGAAGUACCACACGUUCAAUCUGAGCCUGGGUCUCGGAAUGGAAGGUGAACAGUGGGAGCUGGAGCGAAUUGGCACCGAAAAGGAGAAACUCGGGGUGGAGAAGGAACUUCAGGAGCUGCGGAAGCGCCUUGACCGGGUGGAUGAGUGGAAACAGCGCCGCGAAGAGAUUGAGGAUGAGUUGCGUAAGGUCUGGACUGCCAAGGGAGAAAUUGCGCCUCCACCUUAUCAGGAAGUGGUCGAAGCGGGCGUUGAAGAAACCGCCAAUUAA